AUGGCCCAAUUGGAACCCUACAAAGGCGACUACUAUCUCUGGGAAUACGUCCCUAACCUCGGGGCCGCCGUGGUCUUCGUCCUCAUCUUCGCCGUCUUGACCGUCAUGCACGUCUACCGGCUCAUCAAGACGCGGACCUGGUUCUGUCUCCCCUUUGCCGCCGGCGGCAUCUUUGAACUGUACGGCUACGGCGGCCGCAUCGGCGCGCACAAGAACACGGCCUCCUUAUUUUCCUACGCCCUGGCCAACGACGGCCUCCUGCUGGCGCCCGCCCUCUUCGCCGCCUCGGUCUACAUGACGCUGGGCCGGGUGAUCCGCGCCCUGCACGCCCAGAAGUUCUCGCUCCUGCCGCUGACCUGGCUCACCCGGGCGUUCGUGAUUGGUGACGUGCUCUCGUUCGCGGUGCAGGGCUCUUCGGUGGGCCUCAGCGUGACGGGCCACACGACGGGUGCCAAAGCCGUCGUGCUGGUGGGCCUGUUCAUCCAGCUCCUCUCCUUCGGGAUCUUCGGGGCCACCGCCGUCGUCUUCUACCGACGCAUCCUGGCGGCCCCCACGCCGCAGUGCUUCAUUCCGCUUCUCCCGUGGAGAGAGAGCUUGUACAUGUUGUUCGCGGUGAGCGGCCUCAUCAUCGUGCGCUCUGUCUUCCGGAUCAUCGAGUACUGGGGCGGGAAUAGCGGGUAUCUUUUGGCGCACGAGUGGCCCGUGUAUGUGUUUGACUCGUUGCCGAUGCUGGUCGUCAUGGUGGUGUUCUACGUGUGGUAUCCCAGUCGGAUCUGGGGACGGGGCGUGGAGGAGGAGGUGGUGGAUGUGGAGCAGCGCGAGCUGUCGAGCGAUAUCGCGGGUGCGGGGUUUACCGGGACGGAGUACCGGCGUGUGGCUUGA